CGAUCUCUCCGGCAUCUGCUGCUUCUGCCUGGCUGUUUAGUUUAGGGCUUGUGGUGGGGCUGAGUCCUCCUUCGGGUCCGUCCCUUUGUCCUGACCCCAUUGGCAGCCAUGGAGGAGGAGGAGGGCUCACCUGCACAGGUGACGUUUGAGGACGUGGCCGUCUACUUCUUGCCGGCGGAGUGGGCAGAGCUGGCCGAGUGGCAGAAGGACCUCUACGGAGCCGUGAUGGUGGAGAACUACGAAGCCCUGGCCUCCUUAGGGCGCCUCUCGGCCAAACCAGAGCUCAUCCGCAAGAUCGAACGGGAGGAAGACCCCUGCCUGCAAGAGACCCCCCAGACCCACAAGUGGAGGAAGGGGCCCCCCAGCCCCUCAUUGGCAGGAGAUGGGAUCAGGCUGGAAGACGAGGCAGGCGGCAAAGAGGCGGUGAAGGGACAACGGGCUCCAGUGCAGCGCAAACGAAAGAAGAAUCCCCUUCAUUCUGGGACUGGAAAGCGCAUCCCUCGUGCCAUGGACGCAGACCCAAAGCUGCAACCGAAGGAUGAUGUGCCUGUGGUGCGCCUGAAGUCCAGCCCGCCACAAUGUCCCGAGUGUGGGAAGAGCUUCCUCAGCAACGUGGCUUUGACCAUCCACAUCCGGACACACACAGGCGAACGUCCCUUCGUCUGCCCGCUCUGCCCCAAGGGCUUCCCUUCCUCGGGGGAUCUCAAGCGGCACUUCAAGACGCACCAGCGAGAGAAGGAACCCCCGACGUUGGCGUCAUCCGCUUCCGUCCCCAAAAAAUGCCUGACGGCUAAGCUGCAGCUGCUGCGCCAGUUGGGGGUCUCGCUGGGACCCAAGAAGCCUCACCUUUGCGAGCGUUGCGGGAAGGGCUUCAACAAGAAGCAGGACCUGCGCAAGCACUGCGGCACCCACUCGGCUGAGCGGCCUUUCGCCUGCCCCGAGUGUGGGCGCCGCUUCCGGCUGAAACAGAUCCUGGUGGCGCACCUGAAGGUCCACCUGGGCGAGCGGCCAUUCGCCUGUGAGCGCUGCGGGAAGCGCUUUGGCCAGAAGCACCACCUUGAGAGCCACCAGCGCGUCCACACUGGUGAGAAGCCCUUCGCCUGCACCACCUGCGGCAAGCGCUAUGCCCAGAAGCAGCCUCUUAUCAGCCACCUGCGCAUCCACACUGGCGAGCGGCCCUUCGACUGCGCCACCUGCGGGAAGGCCUUCCGCAACCAAGCCACGCUCACCAUCCACCGGCGUGUCCACACCGGUGAGCGGCCCUACCGCUGCCUCCUCUGUGGAAAGGCCUGCAGCCAGCUCCAGCACCUCAAGAGCCACCAGCGCGUCCACCGCGCAGAGCAGCACCUCCUGGCUUCCGGAGACGCCCGCGCACUGGCGCUGGAGAGGGACCGGCAGCUGCGCGAGAAGCCCUUUCCCUGCCCGCGCUGCGAGAAGCGCUUCCGGGAUGAGAGCAUCAUGCGGGCGCACCUGGAGACCCACCGGGAGAAGGAGAAGGGCGGCUCCAUCCUGAGCGCGGCAAACAUGUCACUUUCUCUCCAUGGAAUGGAGUCGAAGAAGCCGCUCAAAUGCAGGUCGGUGGCCGGCAGAGAAAGCACCAGGACUAACCCAAUUCUUCCUACCCGUGGAAAACCGGCCCAGGAGUUGAAGAAGCCGGUGAAGUGCAAGUCGGUUGCCGGCGGAGAAAGCACCAGGACUAAUCCAACUCUUCCUACCCAUGGAAAACUGGCCGAGGAGUUGAAGAAGCCGGUGAAGUACAAGUUGGUUGCCGGUGGUGAAAGCACUAAGCGGGACCCUGUCCUGGCAAAAUUGGCUCCAUUGUCGGUGCCGAAAUCUGCUGAAUCCUCCAGAGUUAAGCCUGCAACACAAAGGGGUCCGAAAACAGGUAAACAAUCGGUCACUUGCGCCGAUUGCGGAAGUACGUUCACGCAAGCAAAGUAUCUCACUCUGCAUCGGAGGAGCCACAAGUCAGAAGAUCCCAGGUCGGUUGCUGGCGGAGAAAGAGCUAAUUGGGAACAUCUCCUGGCAAAAUUGGCUCCAUUGUCAGUGCCAAAAUCCACUGCUGAAUCCUUCAGUGUUUACCCUGCGGAACAGAGGCCUCCGAAAACAGGUAAACAAUCGGUUACUUGCACCGAUUGCGGAAGGACGUUCACGCAAGCAAAGUAUCUCAUUCUGCAUCGGAGGAGCCACAAGUCAGAAGAUCCCAGGUCGAUUGCCGGCGGAGAAAGCGCUAAGCAGGACCCUCUCCUGGCAAAAUUGGCUCCUUUGUCAGUGCCGAAAUCCACUGCUGAAUCCUUUAGUGUUUACUCCGAGGAACAGAGGGCUCUGAAAAUAGGUAAACAAUCGGUCACUUGUAUCGAUUGUGGAAGGACAUUCACGCAAGCAAAGUAUCUCAUUCUGCAUCGGAGGAGCCACAAGUCAGAAGACCCCAGGUCAGUUGCCAGCGGAGAAAACGCUAAGCGGGACCCUCUCCUGGCAAAAAUGGCUCCAUUGUCGGUGCCGAAAUCCACUGCUGAAUCCUUCAGUGUUUACCCCGCGGAACAGAGGCCUCCGAAAACAGGUAAACAAUCGGUCACUUGCACCGAUUGUGGAAGGAUGUUCACGCAAGCAAAGUAUCUCACUCUGCAUCGGAGGAGCCACAGGUGAGAAGAAUCACGCUUGCGUCUGAUGGGUUGCGUUGAAAGUCAAUACUCUCCCCCUUAAGCAGAAGAUGAUACCUGUUGUGUUACACAGCUCUCCUCUUUGGAGGUAUCUAUACUGUGGAAUGAAUGCAUUUUGUCACUACUUGAGUCACCAAAGCCUUGGCUCUGAAGAGAACUGAGGCAUUAGAGGAGCCACAGGUGAGAAGACCAUGCUUGCAUUGGAUGGGAUGCGUUGAAAGCCAACACCCCCCCUUAAGUAGAAGGAGAUACCUGUCAUGGUAUACAGCUCUCCUCUUUGGAGGCAUCUACAGUGUAGAAUGAAUGCAGUUUGGCACCACUUGUGUCACCAAAGCCUUGGCACUGAAGAGAACUGAGGCAUUAGAGGAGCCACAGGUGAGAAGACUAUGCUUGCGUCGGAUGGGAUGCGUUGAAACCCCCUUAAGUAGAAGGUGAUACCUGUCAUGUUAUACAGCUCUCCUCUUUGGAGGCAUCUACACUUAGAAUGAAUGCAGUUUGGCACCACUUGAGUCAUCAAAGCCUUGGCUCUGAAGAGAACUGAGGCAUUAGAGGAGCGGCAGGUGAGAAGACCAUGCUUGUGUUGGAUGGGAUUCGUUGAAAGCCAAGACCCCCCUUAAGUAGAAGGUGAUACCUGUCAUGUUAUACAGCUACCCUCUUUGGAGGCAUCUACACUGUAGAAUGGAUGCAGUUUGGCACCACUUGAGCCACCAAAGGACCUUCAUGCAGGCAAAGUAUCUCAUUCUGCAUUAGAGGAGCCACAGGUGAGAAGACCACGCUUGUGUCAGAUGGGAUGUAAUGAUAGGCAACACCCCCACUUAAAUAGAGGAUGCUACCUAUCAUGUUAUACAGCUACCCUCUUUGGAGGCAUCUACACUGGUGGCACUGGGGGUUAAACUGCUAAGCUGCUGAACUUGCUGAUCAAAAGGUCAGCAGUUCGAAUUCGGGGAGCGGGGUGAACUCCUUCUUUUAGCCCCAGCUUCUACCAACCUAGCAGUCCAAAAACAUGCAAUUGUAAGUACAUCAAUAGGGAAGGUAACACUACUCCGUGCAGUCAUGACCUUGGAGGUGUCUAUGGAUAACGCCAGCUCUUCGGCUUAGAAAUGGAAAUGGGCACCACUACCCAGAGUCAGACACGACUAGACUUAAUGUCAAAGGGAAACUUUUACCUUUACCCUUUUUACACUGGAGAAUGAAUGCAGUUUGGCACCACUGGCGCCGCCAAAGACUUGGCUCUGAAGAGGGCUGAGGCAGUGCAGGAGAAGCCUUACCUGUGGCCCAGGUGCGAGAAGCCCUCCAGAGGCAAGAGCAUCAUGCAGACGCACCUGGAAACCCACCAGGAGAAGGACCGGUCCAUUCCGAGUGUGGCAAACAUAUAACUUCCUAUCCAUGGAAAACUGGUUCCGUCAACGGAGUCAAAGAAGCCACAGGUGUGUUUCUGGUGUACAGGUGUGUUUCUGGUGGAGGAAGCUGGCUUCCCGCUACACGGCAGCUCAGGGGAAAGUAAUUCCCAGGAAUAUUUUGUGUCUUCAGUGGAGAGCUUAAGUAAAUAAAGGGCGAAACUGUGCCCUUUAUUGUGUCAGGUGAAACUGUGCCAGGUGACUGAGGAAGAAUAACAUUUUAAAUUGGAAUAAGACUAAGUCAGAUGGGCAAGAAGAUAAGGAAGUUAUAGAGAAACUGUUUCAAGUGUUUAUGAUAUUAAAAGUCAACUGUAACAAUAUCUACGAGUACUGAGAAGAUAACAUUGUGUAACCACAAUGCUUUGUGUGCCUGAGAAUCCUUAAAUAAAUAUUUCUUUGUUCAAUUUGUUCAA